UGGGCGUCGCGACGCAACCGCCGGCGUCGCUUCGAUCGCAGUCAGCUGUGCUGACCCACGUUUUGCGAACGUUUUCUACUAACUAAUUAAAAUAAAUUGGUCGUUCGGCCUAUCAAUUUAUCGGCGUGUUGUGUUGGAAAAAUAUUUCCAUCGGCUGGAUGUUUGUUCGACGAAUUCGCCAGUAAAUGCUCGUGAAAUUAUUAGCACAUGCGGCGAUUUUAUUAUUAGAAUACCCGUAAGAUAGUACUAUGUCGACAUAAAUCGCUGUAACAAUGGACGGUUUCCUUCGAGUGGAUAAUCCGAAUCUGCCGGAUUCUCCGACAAAUUCCUUCAUGGCAGACGAGGUGGCUUCUAUUUGUCCUCUAAUCACCCCGUCGCCGCCCACGAACGCUUUGGUAAAUCCCCUGCCGGAACCGGAACCGGAUUACACUUCCAUCGGAUUGGAAUUGGCCAACAAACUCAAUCACGUCAAAGCUGAUGGAACUUCGGACGAGGAAAAAGCUGAAUCGGCUUCAUCCAGUUCUUCCGCUCUGGCGGAGCCGGCUUGUGCGCAAUUAUUGAACCACAGGAAUGUAUACCAACAUAUUGUGACAGAUGAGGAAAAGACAGUUGAGGAAGACCUCGGCACGAACCAAGCCCUGCAAUUGACGUUCCGCAACCCGCCCGACAACUACUUCUUCAUGUCCUGGAACUGGCCGAUCAUCAGGAAGAUCUCCACCUGGACGUUCCUCUCGGUGAUCGUCGCCAUGGUGGCGCUGAUCGUCUACAUGAUCGCCACGCUGCCGAGGAAGUGCAACCCGCCGACCUUCUGGUACCACGGCAACCUGCUCUACGAGGUGUUCCCGGCGCGGUUCUACAGCUCGCGGCCGGGCGGCGGCGGCGACUUCCGCGGCAUCGCCGAGAAGGCCGGCUACAUCGAGAAGCUGGGCGCGAGAGGCGUCAGAUUGAACUCCAUUUUCCACAACCCCAAUUACCCCAACGACUUCGAUAACGUCACCAGCCUCACCGCUAUCGCUCCGGCGCUCGGCGACCUGGAGGAUUUCGAGGCGAUGGUGCGUCGAUUCGACUCCAGGAACAUUUCCGUUAUAUUAGAUCUACCGCUGUAUCCUUACGUAAAAAGAUUGGUGCAUAAAAAAGGCUACUCGAAAAACGACAGUACCUCCGGCUCAACGAUCGAAUUCCUCCGGAGCGAAAGAAGCCCGGAGCUCGACGUGAUCGAAGAGGCCAUCCUCCAUUGGAUAUCCAAAGGCGUGAAAGGUUUCUACUUGAAAGGCUUAGAAAAACUCCAAGACGAUCCGAACCUCGUGGAAUCCCUCAGGCGAUGGAAGAGGAUCCUCGGCGAGGAUCGCAUCCUAAUCGUCAGCCAGAAGUUCCUCCAAUCCACCAAACCGUCGAACAUCGACUCCGUGUUAAACAACGUGGACCUGGUGGACGUGAAGCUGGACGUCACCAACGGCGUCAGCUCGAUCAGCAGGCAAAUCAGGUUCCUGCAGAACGGCACGCUCUUCUCCAAGCCGGGCAUGCCUUGGAUCCAAUGGUCGCUGGGCAACGUCUACUCCGAGCGCAUCGCCAACGUCUUGCCUCACAGCAACGGCACGCUGGGCGCCAUCCUGCUGCAGCUGAUGCUGCCCGGCACGCCGUCGAUCUUCUACGGCGACGAGAUCGGGCUGGGGGAGGACGAGGGGCCGCGCCCGAUGAUGGCCUGGCCCGACGACGGCUCCAAGCUCGACGAGCAGAUCGAUCUGCUCAGUCGCACCGUGGAGUUGAGGGAGGUGUCGCCGUCGAUUUACAUGAAUUCGGUGUACAAAGAGGGCGUUAACAAGGCCAAUAUGGAGAUUAAGUACGCCGGGGAGCAGUUGCUGGUGAUGCAGAGGUGGUACCCCAGGAGGAAGGCGUACGUGCUGGCGGCCAAUUUGGGGGCGAAGCAGAACAGGAUCGAUUUGUCGGCUGUGUUGUACGGCGGGGAAGUGGUCGUGGGGCCGCGACCCGAUUCCAAAAUGGCUGCCAUAGAGUUCAAAGACGUUGCCUUGUGGCCUGGGGAAUCCGUUAUAAUUGUUCUUAAAUAGGCGCUUAAAUAGAUUGAAAUAAAACGAUGGAAUAACAUAUUUUUCUUACUUUAUUUUAAAAAGGAUGGCAGCACCAUACACUUGAAGCUAUUUACUUAAUUUGGAAUCGAGAAAAUAAAUAAAAGACAAAAUAAUUAGGUAAAUCAGUUAAUUAACGAAAACGAAUCAUUUAAAUGGAAUUGCAGGAAAUUUAAGUAACAUUUAUUGCAAUACCAAAAAAAUUACUUUCGUUAAAUUACGCAUGUUUAAACGAUAUUAGGUUUCGAACAAGUGUACUACAACAUGGAUAAGUACUACUGAUAAAUUUUUGUGCAAGUACGAUAUUAAUCUUUAUUUACAAACAGGGGCAGUCAUGGCGCCGGAGUUGCGGCCGAAUGAAAAAAAAAGAAGAAAUAAGAAAAAAAUUAACGCCGACUAGCCGCAACGCCAGGGCCUCCCCUUAAAAUUAUUGCAAUGAUGGCACCCUGAGGAAAACAAAAUGAUAUUUUCUACAAUCUACUGUAUUAAUCCAGCUAAUGAUUACUUUUUUUUUUAAAUAAAAGAUCAGUUUUGACGGUAUUUAUAUAUCGGAAAUAUACAAAUAAAUAUUCAUUCUUUUUCAAUAAUAAACUAAUUUUUUUAGUUAGUACUUAUUAGAAACGACAACAAAAAAAAACUCACUAAAUACUGUCAAAAUAUUUCUUUUACGCAAACGUCUCUAACCGAAAAACCGUCCAAACUGUAACCACUGGAGCGUUCGAGUUCGAGCACUAAUCUCACGAUUGCGACUGCACAGUCUUGUGUUUGACACGCAAAUCGGUCAGGAUGUAGUUGUUGGGCGUCGCCCGCGGGAUCUCGGGCAGCUUAUCGCCCGGAUUCCUCCUAUGCACCGACGGCGUCUUCCUCGACUGCUUGCCCGCCGGCAGCUUCGACGGCGCCGCGCCCUCGCCCGCCACCUUCGGCGUCACGAACGCCUUCGUCUGCUUGAUAAGCGAGCGAUCGUUGCAGAGCGCCGAUAUCAGCGGCAGGUCCAUCUUCUUGCUCUUCUCGCGCAGCGUGCGAAUGUCCAACGCGGACGCCUUCUCCGGACUAGCCGGCUUCCGCGCCGCCUUCGCCGCGUCCGCCGGCUUCUCGGGAACGGGCGGCGGCGGCGGCGGCAGCCGCCUGAACUUCGGCGGUCGCUUCAAAUCCAGCGAGUUCAGGAUGUUGUCGUCCGAUCGCGUCCUGGUGAACGCGAACUUCCCCGGCCGGUUGGGCGGCAACGGCGGCGGCGGCGGGUCCAAGCUGCCGGUGGAGGAGACGCUCGGCGCGCCGUACACGGGUAACUGCACGUAGGUGUCCGAUAGAUUCUGGCUGGAAGCGUACCGGCUCAAGUACGGCGUGCUCCUGUAGAAUAUCGGCUGUUGCGCCAGCGCCGCCAUCAGCGAUGCACCCUGCUUCGCCUCCAGGUACUCCUGCUUGCUGAUCGCCGGCUCCUUCAGAGGAAACACCACGAAAUCCACGUCGCUGUACAUCUGCUGCUGGUACUGCUCGAUCUGCGACAGCGACAAUUGACUGGGAUACACGGUCGCCAAAGACGUAGGCGGAGGCGGUGGUGGUUGCCUGGGCGCCGGCGGCGGCGGCGGAGGUAGAAACGUACAAGGCACCAACACGCUCGCUUUACUCGCCGCUACGUCCAAGUAAUUAUUCGGCGACACGACGGCGUUCUUCGGCGGCGGUCGCGGUAUCUUCGGCGGAAUCGGCGGAACGCUGUUCGGCGUCGAGUAACUCGGCGAGGAAGUGACGCCGACUGAGCUGGCGUGGGCCGUCAGCACGCUGGGCGAUCGGGUGGUGAUGAAGCGGGCGCCCGCCUCCUCGAACGGGUACACCGGCGGCGGCACGGGCGUGGUGUUCUCCGGGUAAGGAGGCGGACUGCGCAGCAACCGUCCCGGCGCCGCCGAGCAAUCGUCGAAAUCGAGACAGGCCGGCUCGGCCGGCGGCGGCUUGGACAGUUGCGCGCCGUACGGCGGCGGCGGCGGCCUGAAUCUCUGGUCGACGCUGUCGAUUCGCUUGGGCGGCACCGGAGCGUAGCCCUGGUACGAGGACGGUAACGUAACGUAAUCCGAAUCGGAGUCUAACGUGUGGCUGACGCUUUUGCAGGACGGGUACCGGCCGACGAUCAGAUCGGACAAUUCCUCGGCGGAGAGCAAGGUUUGUUUGGCGUCGGUGGGAUCGCUGCCGUCCCCGUGGAACGACCCCGAAUUGCUGACGUUCGAAUUCGUCCGGUCUCUGAAGUGACCGUCCACGUGGUCCUCGGGCGUCGAGAAUUGCUCACUAGGUACACUAUACUGUUCACUGGGGCUAGUAUAGUGAUCACUUGAACUUAGAGUAUACUGUUCGCUGGAUGUUAGAGUGUACACGCCGCUGGUGUGGCUACUCGGCGCCGGGCCGGACGUGUAAACCGCCUCGGUCGCGUCCAGUUCGAUGCAAGUGGCAUCGCUGACGGAGGAAUUUUGAGCUGUAUGAGAGUAACCUAACUCCAAACUACUCGUAGUGGACGAUCUUCGUCCUUUAGUUUCUGUAAAAAAAUUACCCGCGUUAGAUGAGGAUUAGAAGUUGAUGAUUAGAACUUACUGGUUUGAACGGGCGUUACAACGACAGUACUGCACGAAGAGCUGCAUUGUGAUCCAGCACAUUUACCGUUGGCCGUCUUCGUCGAACUCUCGCUGAGCGUCGGCUUCGCCUCGUCCUCGUCCUCCUUCAACGCGAGCGUCGCCAAAGCGGCGGCGGCCGACGCCGCCGACGUCCGGCUGCUAGCCGGCGCACUGUCCAGCAGGUGAGCCAGAGCCAGACUCUCCGUCGACGGCGCCGGCGGACUGGUGAUCAUGAUCUCGAGCUCGUCCUCCGAGUGCACGCGAUCGCUGACGAUGCCCGACGUCGUGUUCGACGACGUCGAGCUGAUCACCGAGACGCGCUGGUCGCCGUCCCAGCGCCGGCGCUCCUCCUCCUCGCGCCGCGCCUCGCUCAGCCGCGGCGCCACCGCCAUGCUGAACUGGUGGGCGGCCUUGCACAGGCCCAACAGCAGCCGGCUCUUCUCGUCGCUGCUCGUGUAGAGGGUGAGCUUCUCGUGGCCGGUGCGGAUCUCGAACUUCUUGCGCUCGAAGCUCAGCUUGCCGAUGCUGCUCCAGAGGAAUAUCGACGGCGGGUUGUUCUCCGGGCAUACUUUCAGACCUCUUGGACACACCGCCAAAAUCAACGAGCCCGGAGACGGUUCCGAUUUCGAAGCUCUUAACCUAAUACCACAACGAAUUAGUAUGAACUAAUUAUGAAUGAACUAACCAAUCGUACCUAAAUACGUGAGCGUUGACGGGUUCCUGCAGCUGGCAAGUGUCCGCUAUGAACCUCGUCCUGGCCUCGUUCUUGGACAGGCCCCGGUGGGUCCUGUGGGCGGCGUCGACGAGGCGCAGCGCCGCCGGGCCGCGCAUGUCCGGCGGCACGUAGUCCUCCGGGCGGAAGGUGGCGGCGGCGUCGCCGUGGUCGCCCAAGUCCGCCUGGAGCGCGAGCCCGGCGAGGUGGGCGGCGUGGUCGCCGGCGGCGCCCGACGCCGCGUUGAGCCGCAGCUGCAGGUAGUAGUGGUGGCGCGUGGUCUCGUCGCGCAGCAACAGCGGGCUGUCGACGUAGAACUGGACGCGGAAGUAGAAGGCGAGCGCCGGACGGCCGUUGGCGUCGAGGCCAUGGCUGUGCGACGAGCGCCAGCUCUUCGGCGCGUACUUCGAUAGCUUGCUGUCCGGCUCCGCGAAUAGGUACUCUCCAU